GAGAUCCCUUCGGAGGUGGGAGAGAUAAACACGCUCAAACUCAUUCAUUUGCAUCACUGCUCUGGAUCUGCGGCCAUUUCAGCAUUGGAGAUUAAGAAAGAGAAAGAGAGCUUUGGGAAAUGAUAGUUUCUGGACUCCGUCAAAGACGCCGGCGCAACUUAGCAUAACCAUCUUUCAGAUUCAUCAAAUUUCAAUUACAGUCUGCUGCUUAAUCGAAGGAUUUGAGAUGGCAGCUUAUGCAGCUCUGGUUUCUGUGAUGAACAUCAUUGAGCAGAUGAUGAGCCAUCCUCGCCUUUCAACUGCUCUCGACAAGAAACAGAUUGAAUCCCUUGGGGCAAAGGCUGAUGGCUUGCUCGAAUUGAUUACCAACACUAAUAUUGACGGAGGUAACAAAGAAGCAUCAGAUCUGGAGAGUCAAAUCGCAUCUGCAGCUCACGCAGCUGAAGAUGUGAUUGAAUCGCACAUUGUCGAUCAAAUUCCUGCUGGAUCCUGUCAAGCAAGUCAUGGAUGCUCUUUGUUGGAUCUGCAACAAAUAAUUGAAGAAAUGGAUGGUAUAAUGAGAAAGGGUGCUGAGCUCAAGGAGAAAUGGCGAGCGAGAGAGGAGCAAGCUGCACAUGAUGACAUGGAUGUUGUGGAGGAGAAACAACCUCUCACCACCACCACCGGAAAGGCUUCUCCGGUGGGACUCGAAGACGACGUGAUCAGCAUCAUGGACAAGCUCACCAUACAUCAACCCAAGCAGCAAAUUAUCUCGAUUGUUGGGAUGGGCGGCAUGGGUAAGACCACGCUUGCUCUAAAUGUUUAUGAAAAUUCAUUCAUCAUGGAACACUUUGACAUUCGUGCUUGGGCUACUGUAUCUCAACAAUACAGUGCAAAAGAAAUCUUUUCAAAACUUCUCUCUAGCAUAGGGCAAAGUGGAAAUGAAAAUGAUUUAGGGCUAAAGUUGCAUCAGACUUUAUGUGGUAGAAGAUAUCUGAUUGUAUUAGAUGACAUAUGGAGUGUCGAAGCUUGGGAUGAGGUGAGGCGUUACUUUCCUGAUAAUGGGAAUGGAAGUAAGAUCGUUUUAACUACUAGGUUGUCGGAUGUGGCUAGUGGUUGUGGCUCUAGAUCUUGCAUCACAAUGAAACCUUUAGAUGAGGAUAAAAGUUGGGUGUUGUUUUGCAGAAGCGCUUUCCAGCAAGAACAUUGCCCUUAUCCUCAACUAGAAAGUGUGGGAAAUGAGAUUGUUAGAUUGUGCAGAGGACUACCCUUGUCAAUUGUUGUGAUUGGAGGGUUUCUUCUCAAAUCGCCUAGGACUGUAGGAUUCUGGAAGGAGUUUGCCAAGAAUAUAAAAUCAAUCCCCAAUUCAACAGAGAAGCAAGAGAUCUUAGAUGUUUUAUCUUUAAGCUAUAAUCACUUGCCCCCUCAUCUGAAACCAUGUUUUCUUUACAUGGGGAUUUUCCGGGAGGACAGUGAGAUUCGUGCAUCACGAAUCAUCAAACUUUGGGUUGCUGAAGGAUUUAUCAAACCGAAGAGAGCUCAAAUGUUAGAAGAGAUUGCAGAGGGGUACUUGAAUGACUUAGUCGACAGGAAUCUUGUUCUUGUUGGCAGACAUCGAUCUAAUGGGAAGAUUAGGUCUUGUCGACUUCAUGAUCUGAUAAGAGAUCUGUGCUUGAAAGUCUCUGAGAAAGACAAUUUCUUCUGUGCCGAAAGGGCACCCAACAACAUAACAAAGGAGCGUCGCUUCAUAUGUCAUGACUUCAUCAUGAGUGCUGAUGGUCUGAAAUCAGCGCAGCUUCUUCGUUGUCUGGUAUGCAGAGGGUACAAGCUUCCGGUUGUGUUUAAGUUGUUGAGAGUUUUGACUGUGGCUAGCGAUUGUUCCACGGAAGAUGUAAUGCAGAACUUGAACCUGCGGUGCCUUACUUUCCAACCUGCAAUAUCCUUGGUGAGGCUUCCUUCUUCAAUAUCCUUCAUUUGGAACAUGCAAACAUUGACAAGUGAUGCGGAACUUGUCGUUGCACCAAUUGAAAUUUGGAGCUUGUCACAACUUAGGCAUGUGGAGUGCACACAGAUUUAUCUUCCCCAUCCUCCUCCAAAUGACUCUGUCAUGGGAAACUUACAGACAUUGACAAAAGCAGUAAAUUUGAGGUUGAGUGAGGAGGUGUGUAAGAGAAUUCCCAACACCAACAAAUUGCAUCUAAUCUACGAUGAUGAGUUGGAGGGAUAUGAUGAUUGCUUGUUCGACCAUCUCCACAAUCUUGGCAGCCUACGUAAACUUCAAUCACUAAAGCUAGUUUCCACCUUUGCUAACCGAUCCUCAUGCAAUGCAGAUCGGCUCAAGUGUGCAUUUCCGGUAUCUCUGAAGAAGCUGUCACUGAAAAACUGCAGUCUUGUCUGGAAUGAUGUAACAAUCAUUGGUUCUUUGCCCCAAUUAGAAGCUCUCAAGCUAGAAGAUUCCGUCAAGGGACAGAACUGGAGUCCGGUUAACGGGGAGUUUCUCCGCCUUAGAUUAUUGAGCAUUGACAGUUGUGAUCUGAGAUGUUGGGAUGCAGACAGCUCCCAUUUCCCAGUUUUGAAGAAGCUUAGUCUGGAGGGAUUGAAGCACUUGGAAGAGAUCCCUUUGGAUAUUGGGGAAAUUCCGACGCUUGAAUUUAUCAGUUUGCAUGGUUGCAGUGAGUCUGCUGAAAUUUCGGUAAUGAAAAUGAAGGAAGAACAAGAGAGUCUAGGAAAUGAGGGCCUUCAAGUUCGAAUAGCUAUGAGUAAGAGACAAAAGAUCAACUUUCGCACACUGACGUUAGAUUAUCUCUACGAUUAGUUACUCUUCAUCAAGAAUUCCCAUUUUUAUUUUAAGCCUUGUUAUUUUUCGCAGAGGAAAUGAAAUUGUCAAUUUUGCUA